GAAGGUUGAAGGACCCUAAGGGUCGAGCUGGCAUAGAAGCAUACUGUGCAUGUUGACCUCGAUUCGCGACUUGAGAUCGAGAGUCGGCCUUGGAAUUCGUGCUGUCCAACGGAGAGAGGCCUGGCUUGGGCCAAGAGGGUCGCACUCGCUAACUUGGGGGCGUGGUCUCCUGCGUCUUGGUGACGUAGACGUGGGGUGGGCUCUCCACUGGGCUUGAGAUUGGGGGUCCUGUGUAAAAGAGGGGCGGGGCUUCCAGCUGAUACAUUGACAAAUAGGUUCCACCUCAUGGAGAACCCCGCGGUCACCGCCCCUGCCGAGGGCUUCUUCCCCUCGUUCCUGCUCGUGACUUGCGGAACACUGUUGGCUGCCCUGCUGGGCGCCGCUCACAGACUGGGGCUCUUCUAUCAGCUGAUGCACAAGGUGGACGAGACGAGUGUCCGGCAUGGAGGGGAAAAUGUGGCAGCUGUGCUGAGGGCCCACGGUGUACGGUUCAUUUUCACACUGGUUGGUGGGCACAUUUCCCCGCUUCUGGUGGCCUGUGAGAAGCUGGGCAUCCGCGUGGUAGACACGCGCCAUGAGGUCACUGCUGUCUUUGCCGCUGAUGCUGUGGCUCGCCUGACAGGGACGGUGGGUGUGGCGGCAGUGACGGCAGGUCCUGGCCUCACCAAUACAGUGACUGCUGUGAAGAAUGCUCAGGUGGCACAGUCCCCAGUCCUGCUCCUGGGAGGGGCCGCCAGUACCUUGCUGCAGAAACGGGGUGCUCUCCAGGCCAUUGAUCAGAUGUCCCUAUUCCGGCCACUCUGCAAGUUCUGUGCAUCUGUACGGAGGGUGCGGGACAUUAUUCCCACCCUGAGGGCUGCAAUGGCAGCUGCCCAGUCGGGCACCCCAGGUCCAGUGUUUGUGGAGCUUCCUGUCGAUGUGCUGUAUCCCUACUACAUGGUCCAGAAGGAGAUGGUGCCAGCCAAGUUGCCCAAAGGCCUCAUGGGUCGAGUGAUCUCCUGGUACUUAAAGAAUUGCCUGGCCAACCUGUUUGUGGGGGCUUGGGAGCCUCAGCCUGAAGGGCCCCUGCCCCUGGACAUCCCCCAGGCAUCCCCUCAACAGGUUCAGCGCUGUGUGGAGAUCCUGAGCCGGGCCAAGAAGCCCCUGUUGUUGCUGGGGAGUCAGGCCCUGCUGCCCCCAGUACCUGCUGACAAGCUUCGGGCUGCUGUGGAGACCCUAGGCGUCCCCUGCUUCCUGGGGGGGAUGGCACGGGGGCUGCUGGGCCGCAACCACCCCCUCCACAUCCGGCAGAACCGCGGUGCAGCCCUGAAGAAAGCAGAUGUUGUCCUCCUGGCAGGAGCUGUGUGUGACUUUCGCCUCUCCUAUGGCCGUAUCCUCAGCCAUAAGAGCAAGAUAAUUAUCAUCAAUCGGAACCGAGAUGAUAUGUUGCUCAACUCAGACAUCUUCUGGAAGCCCCAGGAGGCUGUGCAGGGAGAUGUGGCCUCCUUCAUGCUGAAGCUGGUAGAAGGCCUUCAGGGCCAGAUGUGGGCUCCAGAGUGGGCAGAAGAGCUGCGGGAAGCGGAUCGGCAGAAGGAGCAGACCUUUCGGGAGAAGGCAGCGAUGCCUGUAGCCCAGCACCUGAACCCAUUGAGGGUGUUGCAGCUGGUGGAGGAGACUUUGCCUGACAACUCCUUUCUUGUGGUUGAUGGUGGGGACUUCGUAGCAACUGCUGCCUACCUGGUACAGCCCCGAGGCCCCCUGCGCUGGCUUGAUCCUGGGGCCUUUGGGACUUUGGGAGUUGGCGCAGGGUUUGCACUUGGGGCCAAGCUGUGCCAGCCAGAUGCUGAGGUCUGGUGUCUGUUUGGGGAUGGAGCCUUUGGUUACAGUCUCAUUGAGUUUGACACAUUUGUCAGACACAAGAUUCCAGUGAUGGCCUUGGUAGGCAAUGAUGCCGGCUGGACCCAGAUUUCUCGGGAGCAGGUGCCCAGAUUGGGCAGCAAUGUGGCCUGUGGCCUGGCCUACACUGAUUAUCACAAAGCAGCCAUGGGUCUGGGGGCCCAGGGCUUGCUACUCUCACGGGAGAAUGAAGAUCAUGUGGUCAAGGUGCUGCGUGAUGGCCAGCAGCAGUGCCGGGAUGGCCACCCAGUCGUGAUCAACAUUCUCAUUGGGAGGACGGACUUCCGUGAUGGCUCCAUUUCUGUAUAGGGCCUUGUGGGUCAGUACACUUGGCUCCCUUCCUAUAUCUGGACUUCCUGGAUGGUUUAGAGUCUCAUCCUUGCCUGCUCUGAGCCUAUUCCAUGAGGUCAAUAACUACAGUUAUCCCGAGAAAGGUGUGGAGGGAUCAAAGCUCAAGAGGUACCAGACAGCCAUGGAGAACCUUGGGCCUUUGUCUCUGUGGGUCCAACUGUGCCUCUCUACCCUCCUCUCUUACGUAUGGACUGAAUAAAUCACUUCUGGCCCAGGUGGGCCCAAGGACUCA